GAACCAGGUUCAAUGGACAAGAAGGUGGUGCUGAUCACAGGCUGCUCCUCUGGGAUUGGUCUCAGCCUGGCAGUUCGGCUGGCCUCUGACCCCGACAAAUCAUUCAAAGUCUAUGCCACAAUGAGAAACCUGGCCAAGAAGGAGCGUCUUUUAGAGUGUGUGAAAGGCCUGCACAAGGACACUUUGGACAUACUCCAAAUGGAUGUGACUGACCGACAGUCCAUCCUGGAUGCAAGAGACAGGGUUGUUGAGAAACGAGUGGACAUUCUGGUGUGUAACGCUGGUGUGGGCUUGAUGGGGCCACUGGAGAUGCAGUCGUUGGACUCGAUGAGGCAGAUUCUGGAGGUGAACCUCCUGGGUACCGUUCAGACCAUCCAGGCCUUUCUGUCGGAAAUGAAGGCUCAGGGUCAGGGACGCAUUCUGGUCACUGGCAGCACCGGAGGGCUUCAUGGUCUCCCAUUUAAUGAGGUGUACUGUGCCAGCAAAUUUGCAAUAGAGGGAGCAUGUGAGAGUUUGGCUGUUCUCCUGCAACACUUCAAUAUCCAUGUGAGUCUCAUUGAGUGUGGUCCAGUCAACACUGACUUCAUGGCCAACCUACAGAAGGUGGAGCUUGAGGAUGCAUCUCUCCAGCAGGUUGAUAUCCAAACACUCAGUCUCUAUGAAAAAUACCUGCAGCACUGCAGCGAUAUUUUCCAAAAUGCUGCACAGGACACUGAAGACAUUGUAAAGGUAUUUCUAGAUGCCAUCCAGUCUCCCAGCCCCGCGUUCAGAUACUUCACCAACAGCGUUGUGCCACCUCUGACCAAGCUGAAGGUCACAGAACCAGAUGGAUCACAGUACAUCAGCGCUAUGAGCAAACUCAUUUUCUCAACUGAGGAGCAAUAGCAUUUUUUUUUUUUUUACAAGCCCUGUUUUCAAUCAAGCCAGUACUUUAUGUGCAGCCACUGCUUGUGAAGGAAAAAAUGCUUUCCUUGUUUUUAAUCUUUAAUCUUUUAGAGAAGAUAUUGAACCCUGAUUGACCUCCUUAGGUAAAUGUAGUGCUUGUAGCAGAGGUGUGCUCUCACGUAAACCUCAUGUAAACCUCAUUGUAGGAGGACAGGCAGGACAACCUGCACCUCUCAAGGCCAGAGGUUACCCAGGCGCCAACUUAUCUUUGUUUCCCUUUCUCCUAUAAAUCUGGGUGUGACUCCCACUGAGGGAGGACUGUAGGUGUGAGAGGGACCUGUAGAAUUGAUGCUGGCAUUGCAUGCAUGAAGUGCAGUUCAGUUCGUUAUCCUUCUCCUGAAUUCAGUAAACCUUAUUUCAACCUAAGUCACCUGAGUCUCCGGUAUGUCUCUCUGUGUCGGGCUCCUCAUCCUACAUUAACCUCUUCCAGAAUUUCAACACUGCUCUCAGGUUAAUAUUUAGCUUUUCUAAUUUUGAUCCCUCCAAAUAAAGCUGUUCCUGUUGCUGUCCUUGCUCAGCUGGGAAGGGCAGUGCGGACAAAGUUUAGUGAGUAGAGUUCAUGGAAGGGAGAGACGCAAUGCUUCUAUUUAUACAUGACACUUAUCAGAACACUCUUUAUCACAAAAAAGUGUAAAAAUAGACUUUUCUUUGAUUUGUUGGCAAAAUAUUUGUUAAAGAUUAUGUUUUAUGUUUUGAAUCAUAGGCUACCACAGCUUUUGCAUUCCUCAUGCUUGAUAUGUUUUAUUGGGAUUAACAUGCUUCUUAACAGAAUGUUAAAGUGAAAACAAAAAACUACUAAUGCCAUUUUUGAUUUGCUAUUUGUUGAACACAGGGACAAGUGAAAAUAAUUGCCUAAUGAUGGUAUUUUCAAAUAUGCAGGUUUGUUUUUUUUUUUUGCAUAAAUGACUGCAGUUGUA